AUGGUGCUAAGGGGGAAAUCGCUGCAGCAGAGAAAAUCACUGCGGCAAUUUUCAGGUUCGCUUGGUCCCACCCGAAGAUCUGUUUGUGACCAGAAGCAAAAAUUAUGGUGUGUCACCCGAUUUGGUUGCGAACAGAAGCGUUUGCGACCCAAGGUUCCACUGUAUAUAAAAGUGAAAUAUCACUCGUACAACAUCACGAAAUCUCCAGAACUGAGAAAGCGGCCGAAGCGCGGCCUGACGUUCUGCCACUCAGGGCCCCACGAGCGCGAUCGUACUCAGGUUCCGGGGCUUGGUCCUGACGAGAUGGCGGAGGAAGGAGGGCAGGCCGAAGCCGAAGCCCGGGGAGCGGGCGAGGAAGGCGAGCUGCGGCCGAGGGGCGCCGCGGAGCCGUCCUCGCGCCGCCUGGUGCUGCCCCCCUCCUGGCUGUCCCCGGCGGGCGAGUUGCCCGCGGGGCUCGGGAACUGGUAUCCGGCCCUGGAGGUCUUGGACGUGAGCGGGACGGGGCUGUCGGUGCUGGGCCCCGAGCUGCUGGACUUGGCGCAUCUGCACACGCUGCUGGCGAAGAAUAACCGGUUGGGGUGCCGCGGGUCCCUCCCGAAAGGCCUGGCCAGAGCCCCCCUGGGCCGGUCCUUGCGCGUCCUCAACUUGAGCGGCAACCGCUUCACGCAUUUCCCCGCCUCGCUCCUGGGCCUCUCCCGUCUCCAGAGCCUCAGCCUGGGGAGCAACCGGCUCCAGAGCAUCCCCCCCGCCAUCCAGGAACUCAGCAGUUUAGAAUUUUUGUAUCUUGGAGGAAAUUUCAUUACUUCCAUUCCACCAGAGGUAGCAAAUCUGUCAUCACUAAGUUACCUAGUCCUCUGUGAUAACAGGAUACAGAGUAUUCCACCUCAGUUGGCACAGUUGCAUUCACUUCGCUCUCUUAGCCUCCACAAUAACUUACUGACAUAUCUUCCCCGGGAGAUCUUGAAUCUAGUUCAGCUUGAAGAACUAAGUUUGCGUGGGAAUCCUUUGGUUGUGAGGUUUGUCCGUGAAUUGACCUACAAUCCUCCAAGCCUCCAAGAACUGGCUGGACGCACUAUCAAAACUCGCAAUAUUCCUUAUGUUGCUAAUGAUCUCCCUGGAAAUCUCCUUCGAUAUUUGAAUCUGGCCAGCAAUUGUCCUAAUCCAAAGUGUGGAGGUACAUUAUUUUCUCCGCUUUUAAGAGAAAAUUAAGUUUAGAAAUCUAUAGCACUUUUUUCAAGACAUUCAA